AUGGCGUGCGUUGCGUGCCUGGCGGUUGCGCUGCUCCUGGCGGCAUCUGUCCACUGCCGUGUUGACGAUGAACCGGCAAUGCUGUGGCCUGGGGCUGGUGACCCACUGUCCCAGGUGCACAACGACGGUUGCAAAGUCUGUGGAGUCUUCGUGGACAUGAUACAAGACGCUCUGGAAGAUCCGAGGGUGGAAGACUGGCUGCUGGAUGUUGUUGAGCACAGCAUGUGCCCACGCCUUCCAGAGAGUCUUGAGGAGAAGUGUGUUGAGAAUGCUCCAACUUUCGUCCCAGAUGUCAUUCAUUGGCUGGAGGGCAUUACCAACACAGCACUGUGCUCAGAUAUUGAUGUCUGCGGACCAGCAGCACUGGACAGUGUGGUAGUCCAGGAGGACCAGGAUGAGGACUUUGAUUGUACUGUGUGCAAGAACUUGACAGCGAUUGUGAAGAAGGAGGCUGGCAAAGUGCAGCCCGAUACGCUGGUUGACAAGAUCGAGCAGCUGAAAGAGCAAUGUGAUGAACUGGGCAAUGAAGGCAUCCAGGAUCGGUGCAAGCAGCUCAUUGACAAGUAUGGUUACAUGCUGGUGUACUUCAUCGAGAGGGAGAAAGAUCAGGACAUUGACAAAGCCUGUGCUGAUCUGGGAAUGUGCCCCAUGCUGUUCAAGACUCCUGUCAUUGAUCCAAUUCCAUCGGACCUUGUGAAGAAGAUGAUGGGCUACAGAGCUGCCUCCAAUGCAACUGACAAGUGCCAACGAUGCAAGGCUGUGGCCCAAGACGCACUUGACGAUCUGGCAAACCCAGACACCCAGAGGGCUGUGGCAGCAUUCAUUUCCAAGCCUUGCACCUGGGUUCCAGCCUAUGAGGCAGAGUGCACUUCUGCCAUGACCAACAUCACCAUCAAUGUUUUGAAUGACAUCGCCACUGACACUACUGCUGAUGAGGCUUGCACCAACUUGGCGUUUUGUGGGGGUCACAAAGAUUCUCCAGAGUGGUACAUCAGAGAUGAAAGUGUCCAACCAGCGCAUGUGUACUGA